ACCAUUUUGAUUAUAGAAAGGAAACGCAUUUGUUUGUUGAGAAACACUUUCCGCAAGUUGUUGGCGAAUUAAGAGCAAGAGCACAGAAACAUGUUCCGCCUCCAAAACCACCACGAAAAACUCGAGGAAACAUAUCAUUUUUACAUCCCGAUGGGGGUGGCCCGAUAACUGAUUCAGAAAGUGUUCCAAAGAAUAUCCUUUCAUCUACAUCAAGAACACCGAUUACAGUAAUGCCAAAACAAGCAACAACAACAACCACGUCACCACCUAGAACAUUGACUUCAAUAAUGAAAUCUAAAGGAAAAACAAAUAUGUUAAACAAGUCAAUUUUACAUUCCGAUCCGGGCCUAUCGGGUUCACCAUCACCAAGCGUUAUAACUACUCCAAGAAAGGUGGCGUUUGCAGCUGAAAGUGUGACAAUACCAACGUCACCAACGUCACUAACUCCAACGAUAACCCCGCCAGGAACACCAACAAUAUUAACAGGAAAUACAAGCCGCACCAUAACACCAUUUCCAUCAACGAAUAGUUCAGCUAGCUAUGAUUCUGAAACCCUGAAGUUGCCAAUAUUUGUUGAUUAUCACUAUCCCCAUCUCUGGAAAGAAUCAGGCCCACCUCUAAGGCCCAAACCAAUAAGAUUAGCAUCUUCGAACUCAUUUAGACCACCAUCACCGUCAACAACAGAUACCUCUGCCGAACAUACAAUUAAAAAUUUAUCUUCCAAUUUCCAUAUUAGUGAUGGUUCAUGUUUCAAACCAGUACAAAAAUCAAUUAUAAAAAAAAUUUCAUAUGAACAACAACAUUCUGUUGUCCCCAUUGAUUUGGUCAGCUACAAACCAGAAAUAGAAUCAUCAAAAAUUAUUGGAGAUAUUCAAAAACCAUUACCAUCACCGACACUGCCAACCUUAUCAUCAACAGAUGUUACAACACCGAAUAUUACACAAGUCAUACAAGAAUUAGAAACAUUGAAUAAAUUGCAAAAUUUUCAAGAAAACAAGCUAAAUAAAUUGAUUAUAUAUUAA